GGAAGUUCAAAGUGUGCGGACCAUGGUGCGGACGCGUCGAUCUGACAGAUGAGUUCAUGAAGCCUUAACCUAGCAAAACAUGGUUCAUCCCGACCCAGCGGGUUCCUCUAGGUUCCGGAUGUCCGAGGAGGAGGCAGAAAGGUGAUCCAAAAUGGACAACGCUGUAACUGAGCUGGAACCGGAGAUUGAGAAAUGGACGAAGGAGGAGGUUUGUCAGUGGUUGACAACUCGGGUAAAAGUCAGCCCGACUGUCGCUCACAGGUUCUUUGAGGGAGAGGUAUUAGGAGAGUAUAUCAAGUACUUUGACAAGGGCGACAUUUUGGAUCUGACCGAAGAACACGCUGUUAAAGUUACAGCACACCUGGAACUGUUGAAGCAAGGCCGCACCUUUCAGUCUCCGUUUCCAGAGUACGUGGAGCGAUGGAGCAGAGAGCAGGUUUACCAGUGGAUAACAGAGUACGCACAGAUAGAUGGCAAACACGCAGAUCAGCUCCUAGAGGGACACGUCUCUGGGGACUGUCUUGUGUGUUUCCAGAAGCAGGACUUUCUAGACCUAAAAGUACCCACUGGUCCUGCUGUGAAGAUUCUGGCAAUGCUUCGAGGUUUGAAGAACAAUCCUGAACCUGUCCUGAAUGCCGUCGUGAACACCAGUACAUCCCAAGAAGAGGCUGCUACAUCCUCACAGCCUCGCUCAAGGAAGAAACCCCAUAAAAAGGGCAAGAAGGCCAGCGAGGCGGCGAUCCCAACUCUGCAGAAGACAGAGACCCCCAGGAGAGAGGCCCCCAUGAGAGAGGCCCCCAUGAGAGAGGCCCCCAUGAGAGAGGCCCCCAGGAGAGAGGCCCACAGGACAACGACCACAGCCCCAUUGCCCACUAGAGAUCCGGGGCCACCGGACCCUGUCCAACUGGACCCUGCGCUACCUUUGCUCCUGGGAAUCCUGGAAGAUCUGGGGAAGGGUGAUCUGAAGAAGUUCAGAUUCCAUCUAAGAGAGCUAAGGAUGUGCUCCAAUGAUGCCAUCCCCCAGAGCCGGCUGGAAGACAAGGACCCCACAGACCUGGCUGACGUCAUGCUACAACACUACGGACCGGACACGGCGCUGCAGGCCAUGCUGCGGGUUUAACCGAUGAUCCCUCGCCAGGAUCUUAAGGUUGACCUGAAACAGAAAAUGGAUAAAGAGAUCUGAUCUGAGAACCUCCCUUGUAAAGGCUGAACUUAGAAUUCCCCUGAAUAAUCUGUUGACCUGGGCCAGGGUUUCCACUAGUGUUUACAGACCAUUUGCCAAGUGGAAUUUUAUUUGGCCGAUUAAUAUAAAGCUUGGCAGGCAUCACACAACACAAAAUUAAAUUAUUUAUGAGUAUACA